AUGCCUCCUCCAACACAGAAGCCGAAAGGCUCGAACCCAAAGAAACCCGUGAAGAAGGCUCAAAGUGCUGCAAAGGCCACACUUAAGGGUGUCCAAAACCAACAGGCCAAAAAAAUUCGCCUAAGCACUACCUUCCAUCGACCAAAGACUCUACAACUCUCUCGAUCACCAAGAUACCCACGAAAGUCCGUCACGCACGAGCCACGUCUCGAUGCCCACAAAAUUAUCAUCCACCCUCUCAACACUGAGAGUGCGAUGAAGAAGAUUGAGGAGAACAACACACUGGUUUUCAUUGUUGACGUCAAGGCCAACAAGCGACAGAUCAAGGAUGCGCUGAAGAAGCUAUACGAUGUUGAGACUGUCAAGAUCAACACACUCAUCCGACCAGAUGGUACCAAGAAGGCUUUCGCCCGACUGACAGCGGAUGUUGACGCUCUUGAUAUUGCUGCCACCAAGCUAUCCAUUGUCUAA